UGAUAGUUAUGGUCUUGUGGUUGCAUCAGGGAGACCUUCAGCUGAACUAAAGUGGGCUUUAGUUACAGCUUUGUGGUGAGUAAUUCACCUGCUGCUGAGCCGACACCACAGCCGAGCAGGCAGAGCUGCGUGGGACGGACGGUCCUCACUUCCACAGAUGGUUUUCCAGCUGAUUUUGUGACUGUUUCUGGACAUCCAGGACCAGAUCCCGAGGUCAGGCAGAGAUGUUAGGCGGAGAUGUGGUGGCCGUGUGGGAGGUGGCUUUGAGCGACGGUGUUUAUAGGAUCGAGUUCGCUCAUGGCACCACCACUGGAAAAAGGAUUGUUUUUGUCAAUGGAAAGGAAGUCAUCAGAAAAGACUGGAUGUUCAAGCUGGUUGGAAAGGAAACCUUCAUGGUGGGAGGUGCGAACACCAAAGCCACCAUCAACAUCGAGGCCGUGAGCGGUUUUGCAUACGAGUACUCGCUGAACAUCGCCGGGAAAAGUCUGCAGAAGUUCAUCGACAACAGAGCCAAGACCACCAAGACCUGGCUGCUCAAAGUGGGCGGAGAGGACUACAGGGUCGUCCUCGAAAAGGACACCAUGGACGUUUGGUGUAACGGGCAGAAGAUGGAAACCAUGGGAGAGUUUGUAGACGACGGCACAGAGACGCACUUCAUUGUCGGCGGGCACGAGUGCUGCAUCAAGGCAGCGAGCGGCGGGCAGAAGAAGAGCGGCAUUGUGCACUAUUUACUGCUGGAUGGCGAGAGAGUGGCAGCGUCCACGCAAUAGAGCUCCUCUUUCAGACGCUCUUUGUGCUUGAAUGCAGCGGCACAGGAUGGAGACCUUCUCCUGACAAACUUAGAAGCAGAUCUGUUCCUGGAGAUGUGAAGAAUAAACUCCGGCAUGCGCAGCUCGAGCUUCAUGGAGGGUUCUGGUGACGCUUUUAUUUUGAAGGAGUGGCUCUUGUUGCGCAGCCUCCACGCAUCAACUACCUUCCUCAAUGCGUGAAGCACGCGGCAGUUGAGUCAUAGGAAACUGGAACAAAUAUGUUUCGAAGUUCAAAAUAAAAGUGUAACAAAAAAA